AUGUCCGCAAUAAAAGGUGCGGCAGCGUACAAGAAAAAGGCCGGUAUGCUGUCUCUAAACGAAGAGGUUAUACCGCCUGUGCUGGUGUGGAGAUGUAUUGAUGAUACGGUGGCGAUUCCACUCGUGGAAGUUCAGCUAGACAAAAUUACGAACCUAAAGGCAACACCAGCCACUUCUGAAAAGAUGAUGUUGAAGAUUAUAACGAAUGACCCUGCUGCUACGGUUCCAGCAACUCCAUCUAGCGAGGUGGUUUUCUCUUUUAACAGCAGGGCAACCAUGGAGGAGAUACAAAGGGCAUUACAGCAAGUGAUAGCGAGACGGAAGGCCUCGUUAUUGGCUGCCGAAUCUGCUCGAGAGUUAAGUUUGAGUGGAACUCCAGUUCCACAAGCUGAUACAAAGCGCUCUCAGUCCCUGGGGCCGCAAUCGGGAUCAGACGAAGAGACUUUGGCUACGUUAACGGACCCACAGAAGCUGCUUAGAAAUCAUCAGUUACAACAGAAGCUCUUGAUGAGCAACAAGAAGCUCAUGGCGACGUUCAAGGAAGUGGUGAUGAACAGUGGACUGGACCCUGAGGAGUUCUGGAGUACGCGGAUUAACCUGCUGCGGUCAUUUGCUGUUCAAAACAAUCAGAAGAGAGGCUCCUAUAAUGUCCUGAGCACGAUAAAACCUGUGGCUAGUAGCGACAACGAGGUGAAUGUUUCGGUGACGAGAGAGAAAAUCCACGAGAUUUUCAACCAGUAUCCUAUAGUGAGGAAAGCAUAUGACGACUGUGUUCCCAAAAUCAGCGAGGGUGAUUUCUGGUCGCGAUUUUUCAGCUCAAAGUUGUUCAGGAAGCUGAGAGGUGAAAAAAUCAAUCCCUACGAUCGUGGCGAUGUCAUGUUAGACAAGUAUCUGUAUGCGGACGCAGAUUAUGAUGGUGAAGAAGAAGAAGUUGAAACAUCUCCUUCUUCGAAAACUCAUCCGACAACGUCUCCCUCUGGAUCACCAGUCCAAAAGAAGCAUAAAUCAAAGAACAUUGAUGACAUACACAUCAACAAGAUCAUAGACGUUAUGGGUAACGAAGAGGAUAACUCGCAGAAGCUGGGAAACGCUCCCGAUAUCACGAUGAGGGCUGGAAAGAAUCAGGAUAUGUUGUCCAUAAUGAAGACUAUGAACAGAUUAUCAAGGCGAAUGUUGAAGAGCACUGGUGUUGACAUUGAGGAGGAGGAUCCCGAGAAAGAAGAGCAGGAGAACGAAGAGGAGCUAGAGUUGAAUGACCUACGUGAGACUCACGAGACUGAGUACAAUGAGAUCAACUUUAAGGUGAAUUCCAACAAGCACUCGGAUUUGAUUAAAAAUAUACCGAAGGAUAGUUCUCCAUUGAAUCCCCAGGAAUGGUAUGCAGAGUUUCUGUCUGAGUUGAAAGGCUACUUCAAGGUAGGAAUUGAUCUGCAGGAGGUUUACAAUAGCGAUGAAAAGAAAAAGGGGAUAAGAGAAGCUUCUCAUGAGAUCGAGAGGUUGGUGAGACAGAAUGCCAGGCAAAGCUCUCAUGGAUGGCAUGCAAUCAAGUUUUCAGCCUCCGACGCUUCUUCUUUGAGUUCCAUCCAAGACCAAAGUGUUCACAACGAAGAUGCGGAGGUUGAUCCUUCGUUCUUGGGACUUGAUCCGGCCACAAUAGAACAGCUGAGACUCACCCAUAGCACUUCCGUGGAGUUUUUGUGUCAUUUCUGGCUUGGUUUCAACGAGUCCGCAACAGCUGAUAAGGCCAAACUCGUCCAGCUCAGGAAGCUUUAUCUUUCUAUCAAAAAGUGCCAGGACCGUGUUGGAGCAACCAUCAACAAUAUUGAGGAAAGGUUCAAGAAUGUGAAGAACGAGGAUGGAGAGUUGGUUGUGGCCAAAGCAAGAGAGUUGAUGGAUCCAUUAUCGGUCAGUCUAGACCGUGCCAUACAGAAAUAUCAGCUAGCAAUGAUGCCUACCUCCGGAAAUAAUGCCUAA